UCAUCCAUAAUUUGAAAGGUCCAUAACGGUCGUUAAAUCCGUUAGAAAAUAGUGCCCGAAGCUCCAAAGCCACAGAGAACACAGUCACAAACUCAACAGUACACACACACACACAGAGCCAUGGCGUGCAGCAGCAUGAUAACACUCUCUCGCCCCACUCUCUCUCCCUCUUCUUCUUCUUCUUCUUCUUCUUCUUCUACUGCCCCUAGUUUUCUUCCUCCUAAUCCUCUCUGCCACGUCACCACUCUUCGCCGCUCCCGAACCUUCAGAUCAAAAUCUCUCAGCUCCUCCAAGAAACAGCUCUCAGUUUCGGCUUCCGCUUCCUUACAAGCUCUGGUAUUCGACUGCGACGGCGUGAUCCUCGAGUCCGAGCACUUGCACCGCCAGGCCUACAACGAUGCCUUCGCUCAUUUCAAUGUCCGUUGCCCUUCUUCUUCUGAUGAAUCACAAAAGCCUCUCAAUUGGGGCAUCGAUUUCUACGACCAGCUCCAGAAUCGCAUCGGAGGCGGCAAACCUAAAAUGCGAUGGUACUUUGGGGAGCACGGUUGGCCGAUUUCAACGAUAUUCGAGAAGCCUCCCGAGGCCGAUGAGGACAGAGUCAAGUUGAUCGACACUCUUCAGGAUUGGAAGACUGAAAGGUACAAAGAAAUCAUCAAAUCUGGAACUGUGGAACCUAGACCUGGGGUUUUGAGAUUGAUGGAUGAGGCCAAGGCUGCUGGUAAAAAACUAGCUGUUUGCUCUGCAGCGACUAAAAGUUCAGUUAUACUCUGUCUUGAAAACCUUAUAGGAAUUGAGCGCUUUCAAAGUCUUGAUUGUUUCCUGGCAGGUGAUGAUGUGAAGGAAAAGAAGCCUGAUCCUUCAAUUUAUCUGACAGCUUCCAAUAGGCUGGGCGUGUCACCAAGAGAUUGUUUGGUAGUGGAAGAUAGCGUUAUUGGACUACAGGCAGCAACAAGAGCAGGGAUGUCAUGUGUGAUUACCUACACAUCUUCAACAGCUGAACAGGAUUUUAAAGAUGCAAUAGCCAUCUAUCCAGAUUUGAGUAAUUUGAGAUUGAAAGACCUGGAGUUAUUACUUCAAAAAGUGGUCCCUGCCAGUUAAAAACUGCGUCGAUUUUUUCUAAACUUCCAGAAGAGCCUGUGUGGGUUUUGUAGAAUUUUGGUUGUGAUUGAAGUUUACCCAUUCAUCUAUGGCAUUUUCAUUGAAGUUGAAAAAUCACCCUUUUGAUUUACUCUGGAUAAAAAAAGGGGGGGGGGGGGGGGGGGAGGGGGUGUUUCUAUAGAUGGUCCUUAUACAGAAUUACCAAAAAUGUAAAGUUUGUGAAAUGAUUUGAUUGGAAGGCAUUCCACCAAUAGAGCUCAUUCUCUCUCUUUAAAACGAUCAUUAAAUAUUGAAUGACACCGUUUUAUUCAUGGGCUGUACGAACAAGUUCAAAGUGCCACACAAAAGAAUGGCCAAUAAAUCUAGGAACAAUUUUUGCCUCAA